AUGGAAAAUAAUCAUUUAAAUUUUGAAAAUGAACAGAUAAAGAUUGUUAUAAAUAGAAUCAAAUGUAAUGAUUGCAAUGUCAUUAAAGAGUUAAUCGAUGACUAUACAACCAAUUCAAUAUUAGAUAUAUUCAGUUAUGUUAUGUCAUCGGGUGAACUCUGUACUUUUGGUCAACUGCUGGAGUGUCACUCACAGACCAGUCAAAGAAAACGUUGUAACAACGUGUGGAACUCUGAUGGUUUCAUAUACAAGUGUAGAGAGUGUCAGGUCGAUGACAACUGCGCAAUAUGUGUAGAUUGCUUCCGUGAGGAUCUACACAAAGGACAUAGCUACCGAUUGGUUCAAUCGAUACGUGGUUGUUGUGACUGUGGCGACGAAUCUGCUUGGCGACCAGAGGGCAACUGUGAACGACACGGUUCAACAAACAAUCUUAAAAACACUUCCAUUGAACUACCCGCUCAUUGUAAAUCAAUAGUUAUAUUAUUAAUCAAUGAAUUUAGAUUAUUAAAUAAUGGUUUAACAUUGAGUAAUAGUAGUGGAGUAAUUACCAAUAAUAAUAGUAAUAUGACAACAACUGUAACUGCAACUGCAACUGUAACUGCAUCUGCAACAACAACAACAACAACUAUUGGUCAAUCUUCAUUUAAUAGAGAUCAAGAGUUUAUCGAUUGUUUGGUUGACUUGAUAGGAAAGAUGAUCGAUGUCUUUGGAGACAAGAUAUCGUUGUGUAUAGGUGAAGUGUUGAUGCGCUUUGACAAACCAAUUCGUAGACGAAUAUACUCGAAUUUGUUACAGUUGAUGACAUUGGGAAGUGAACAGUUGGAACGUGUCAUCGUAUCGCUCUUUAUAUGUUUGGAGUUGCGUGAUGAUCUAGCAAUUUAUCUAGCAGAGAAUUACGAACACAUCAGAAAACUAACAAUCAAACAUCAAAGAAACACUGUAUUUAAUUUAACGAUCCAACUAUUCUCUGUUGAUUCCGUUGCCUAUAAAAUUGUAUCCACCAACAAUAUGACACCAAUUAUUAAUAACUUAUUAAAAACAUUUGAAUCAGCAAUGGUAGAUGGUCAAAUCGAUUUCAAACAAAAGAUAAUGAAGGAUAAACAAUAUUUUAGACCAUUAUCUGAUAUUUGGAAGUGUAUAUUCUCACCGCUCGGUAAACAUUUCCGUGAGGUUGCUCACGGUCAGCAACACAUCCAGAUCUACGUAGAUAACCUCUAUAAUAUGAUCGGUAGAUUCUACUCACCGACUGCCGUCUGGAAGAAAGGUACGCGUGACAUUGUCAUACCGGACUACCGAUUGUCCAGACAGCCAGUAUCUUUCCAUCUACCGAUGCAUCGAUCACUCACUACGAUACUCCUACAGAUGUCAUCGAAAUUUGGAGUGCAUCCAUCGGUUGUACUAUCAUCUUCCAACGGUAUUAUCAAACCGUCAAUGUUGAUCGACCCUCUUAUUCGCGUGCGUGUAUUGGUAGCACAGAUACAGGCUGGUCUAUGGGUGAGAAACGGUCAAUCCGUCAAACUCCAAUCCUACACCUAUCUACACACCUAUGAGUUAUCUCAUAACGACUUCUUUCUGCUGCACUCUCAAGUUAAACAAUCGGACACAGAUAAAGCCAAUGUCAUUGUAGCAGAGGAUAUGACUUCACUCGUCAUUGGAAUGGUAACAGACCGUACUCGUUUGGCGUCUAUGACCUUUGAGGAUGCAGUGCGCGUUGAGAUUAUUCAUCAUCUAGCGGUUGCCGGGCGUAUGAGACACGGUGACAUAUUCCAACGACAUGUCGAGCUCUUUGAAAAAGUAGGUGGUGCAUUCGAUAGUAUUCUCAGUGGAGUGGCCGACUUUCAUCCACCUACUCCUACCGAUUCCGGCAAGUAUGAACUCAAGCCAAAGUCUUGGGAGGAAUGGACACCGUUCUAUCCUCACUACACAAGACAGGAAGUACAAAUGGCAACGGAACGCUACCAGAAUCUCGUGCGUGAUGCAACCAAGCGUGGAGAGAAACAUCUGUAUCCAGAGCAUUCGCGAUAUCUUGAAUCGAUUCGUCCUACUCUUCCAUGUUAUAGUAACAUAGACCAACUACUCAAUUGUGAUAUACUGCAUGCCAUUAUCUAUUCGGUGCUAUUCAAUAGUUUGUGUGGAAGUGCUAGAUCAUCGGAUCUACUAAUAACCAACUGUAUAUAUCUAAUCAAGUUGAUACUGAGAAUCUACACACCAAAUGCCAACACAGCUACACUCGUUGCCAGCUCCACUAAAUCCAAACCAACAACCGUACAAAAGAACUUUGAUUUCGGUUACAACCCCACCGAUUUCAUGUAUAAUCUAUUCCAUCAUAUCAAACCAAACACCUACACACUCACCAAUACUACCAGCCAUUCACUGUAUACUUUACUUCAUCUAAUGUUACAAACUAAUAACUUUGAAACACAUCAUCAAAACAUUAAAGAAUGUUUAAAUCAUCCUACUAUUCAACAAUUUAUAAACAUUGAUAAUAACAAUAAUAAUAAUAAUAAUAGUAUCGAUGGAAAUAUAAAUAUUAAUAAUAAUAACAACAACAACAACAAUAAUAAUAAUAAUAAUAAUAAUCAUAAUCAUAGUAAUGCUUCUGAACAUGCUAAAGAAUUGGCAAAGAAAAGACAAAUGGAGAUUAUGUCAAAGUUUGCAAAACAACAAGCAACAUUUCUCGAAGAUAUGGGCGAUGAUGACUAUGAAGAGGAAGAAGAAACUCAAAACUAUGGAUGUUGUGUACUCUGUAAGGCAGAUCUGAUACCAAAGAAAUCACCAUUUGCUCUACUUGCUUAUCUUCAAAAGAAUUCAUUACUUUCACAUUUACAAUCGAUUACAACAACAACAACAACAACAACAACAACAACAGAUAACAAUAACAAUAAUAUUAAUAAUAAUGAUAAUAGUACCACUGUUGAUUAUGAAUUAUUUAAAGAUACACAUAGAAAUGAUAAUUUAUUUAUUACAUUUUGUUCACACUCGAUGCAUUUGGAAUGUCUAAAGAAGUUGAAAGAUCAAAAAUACAAUUGUCCAGCAUGUAGAAGAUUGGUUAAUACACAGAUUCCAUUCGUAGAGCAGCAAACACUAACACCAUUGUCAAAGAAUAGCUCAUCUUCAACGCUUCAAGAAUGGUUCGAUUCAUUCAGUUCUAAACAAGAGGAAUUCAAUAUGAAUCAAACACAAGAAGAAAUACAACCUCAUAAACUAUUAUCAAUGGUUAUAUCAUCUAUUACAAUAUUAGAAUUAAGUAAGAGGAAUAACAAAGGUCAAUCAUUAGAUUCAUUAUCACAACAAGAGUUAUUUUCUUUGCAAUCAUUACUAAAGUUUACAGCUCAUGAACAAUAUAAUAGUCAACAUGUAAUCGAUAAUAGAUCAUUACACAUGAUACUAAGCAGUAUAUUCUCGACCAAAGAAAGAAUAUCAGAGUUUUUAAACCUAGAUAUGUUUGGUAUGCUGGUAAGAAUGUAUCUACUUAAUGAGAAGAUACCACACGAUCAUCUCAAGUCUCAAUUCAUAGACAUCAUUAAACUACACUUUACAGCUUCAAUUUUACAAUCAUUAUUAAUAUUAAAUAGAUGUAAUAAUCUUAUUGAAUUAAAACAAUCUAUUGAUUCAAUAGAAGAAGAUGUUAUGCUUUUAGUUAUGCCAUUCCUAAGAAAGCUAUAUCUAUUUGUAACUAUAGUUAAUUAUCAAGGAAGAGAUACUAGUGGAUUGGUUGAUGGCACCAAAUUUGAUUUGCAAUUCAAUUUACCAAUAGAUGUCCAAUAUCACUCGAUCGUCAACUCACUUCAACUCUCAAAUGUACUGAACGAACUAAAGAGAGAUGACUAUAAGCUAUUGGAGUACUGUUAUAAUUUGUGGAUUGGUCAAGAUAUUUCGGAAUCGAAACUACCGUUGUCACCUACAAUCUGGAGAUAUUGUGAGUUCCAGCUAGCCAAGUUGGAGCGUGACUAUCAUCAUUUCUACUUGGAGUCUACAAAGAAAUCUUGUGAUUGCUGUAAGAAGAAACCGAUUGGAUUGAACUCAUCGCUCUGUUUGUUAUGUGGCGCCUAUCUCUGCGAAGUUGACGAAUACGUAGGACAUGCUCAAAAGUGUGGAGGUGGCGGUGGAUAUGGUGUAAUCUUUGUUUUCGCCAAAAUCGUUGUACUUAUCAUCAACAAGUCGACUGUUAAACUAUGGUGUCACAGUAUCUAUCUAGAUCAACAUGGUUCAGAAGACUUUGGAUUCCAACGAGGUAAUCCACUCUAUCUAAACGAAGAACGUCUAACACGACUUAAAUCGGAGAUACUAUCGAUGACACUUCAAAAUAUAACUAGUACAUUCCGUCAAUAA